UAAUUUUCUUGCGAGCGAAGGAAGUUCUCGGAGACUCCACAUUUCUCAAAGAGUGCAAAUAAUCCUCCCACAGCAGACAAGGACCGGAGCCUAAAGAGGGGAAGAGGAGGAAGUUUGUGCUGCGCAGCUGCCUCAGCCAUACCAGUCUCAGGGAGAACGGAUGCAAGCUGUACCGGUGUUAUUCUAUCUUUCCGAAAUAAACAUUCUUCUGAGCUACUUAAACAUCAGGCAGUUUUCUAGUUGGAUCUACAACAUGAAUGAGUCCUCCGGCGAGCAGUGUCCAUUUUUAUACAACUCAGAAGCCAGUGGUAUGAUGGGCAACAGAAAUGACUCAACACAUAACUCGGGCCAUGACCAAGCUUUUCAGCAUGCAAGGCAAUUAUGUUAUUUGGCCAGCUCUAAUUUUUCUCCUCAAAAGCUGGCUUCCAGUGUAACCCAGGCUGGAAUUCAUGAUGCAAGUGACACCUUGGAAAUGUUCACUGCUCCUCUGCUCCCUGCCUUAGAGCCUGGGAUAAACCAUUGUGCUCCCACCUACAAAAACAUGGAACAGACUUCAGGGCAGCAGGACCAGGUGAUGAGGCAGCAUGUGGAGCAGCUGCAAAGGCUGGUGGCUGAACAGCAGAAAAUCAUUGCGCUUUACAACCCAGGCUUUUCUGUUUCUCCUGGGGUACCUUCCCACCUAGCCACAAUGCCACCCCUUCCGUGCUUUCCAGCUACUUUCAUUCCUGUCCAGUUCCCAUCAGAAAAUUCUUCCCAAGUUGAGAGCCCGGAGUGCUUGCAGACCUCUCCCUUGGCAACGCGCUCUGCUUGGCAAAGCAGAUCCCCACUGUUAGUGCCAAAUGAGAGCAGUUCAGAAAUGUCAGGAGAGCAUGUGCAGCUUUCAGAUUCAGGGAUAAGCACGGAGCCAUUGCUUCAGUGUACUGGGAGCCCCACAAAAAAACUUUCCAGACAAGAUGGUCAAGAAGAGAACAGAGAAGAAAGCAAAGAUAACAGUCAGUUAAGAGAAAGGAGUUUCCCUGAAACUUUUUCUGCUGUCAAAGAAGAACAAAGAGAACAAGUAAAGGAGGAGAUUCCUCCAUCUCCCUUUGGCAUAGAGGGGAAGAUGAAGGCUGGAAACAUAGAAGACAGGCCAAUCACACCAGCAACUGGUACUAGACAGAACAUUUCUGAAGAAUUUGUUGAAGAAGAACUUAAAGUAGAAAAUCAUCUCACAGAAAAACAGCAGAAGGAGCAGCAGAGCAAGGCAAAAGUAACACCUCAGAAGGCUUUUCUGAAACGAAAAGAAGGUAUGGCAAGGCUCAAAAAAAGUAAACAGAAGCCUUUAAAAGAAGACAGCAAGCAUUCCAGAAGAGCUGGUUUGGACCGCUGGGGUCAUUUCUCCCAGCCUGGCCAAGUGGAUGCAGGCAUACUGCAGCCAGGGGAAUGCUCUCAGUUAAAUCUGCAGGUCAGUAGCUCCACGCAGAUGGGUACACGUGGAAAGGAAGGAGACUGUGAUUUAGCUGACUGGGAGAUAAAGGCUCAGACUGACUGUGAAGCAAAAGUAGUUGAGCAAAGUGCAGAAGAAAAAGAAGUGAUUGGGAGAGACAAAGACACAAAGGAAAAUCUUGUUGACUUACCACAGAGAAGAUGGCCUGAAAUCCUGCAACCAUGUCCUGAAACAGUAACAGAAAUGAACCUACAAGUAGAUGAGGAAAGGGAAAUUCAUCAUAUGGAUUCUCUAGGGCAAGCAGGCAGAACUGAUGGAAGACCUGUGGAGGGUACCCUGCAAAAGGACCUAGGUAGGGUGGAUCAGCCUCUGAAGGGUCAUCUCACAGAGGGAGCAAAAACCCCCUGGGAAGUCCUGCAGAAGCAUUCUCCACUUAGGGGUUUAGAAACAGAUCUCAUCAAGCAAGCAGAGUGGAGCGGAGGCCCUGCAUUCACCCAGGAUCAGAAGUGGGUUCAGGUGUGCCCACAGGAACUCGCUUCUGGGAGCCGGAGCUCAGAAAGCAAAAGACAAAUCCAUACAGGGUUUAAGAUGGUCAAUGGUAAGAUAGUAAAAAUUACACGUAGCUCACCUGAGGCUGUGGAGAAGGGAAGCUCAUCCUCAGCCUUGCAGCAGGAGUGGCAAAGGAAGGGGACAGCUGCCUCGACGUGGCAUGGUGCAUCUUUGUCCUGUGAGUCAAGCGGCUUAGCCUCCAACAGUGAUGAUGACUCCAAAUCUCAUGAUGCUCAGUAUCCCUCCCAGCAUGGGCCUCAGAGAGUAGAUCAUACUGACGGACAUUUGGAUAUCUCUGACAAUGAUUAUGCUAGUGAUGAGCUCAGUGGAACUGAAAAAAAGUCUGUUAAAAAGUGCAGCAGAUCACCCCGAAGUAAACAAGAUAUUCAAGCAAUCUCAAGACAACAAGGUCUGUCCUGCAGCACAAGCAGCAGCGAUUCCAGUGCUGGGGCUCUCAGGCUGAAAGGGAGCGAGGCGCUCUCUUCUCUUCACCAAUCCUUAUUUCAUGUCACAAGAUCAAAAAGGAGAGAACAUGAGCCUGAAUCAAAGAAUGAGAACAGGGCCAGGGAUGUUAAAAACCUAGAUCUGCCAUCUUCAACAGUGGCUGGUGAGAUUCCUGCUUUCAAGAUUAAAGAAACCCCUGCAGUGGAGGAACCACAGAAAAAACUGUUUACAGACACAUUAGAAACCCAGAACAUCCUUACCAGAGGAUUAGAGACUGGGGCAUCUCAUGGAGGAAGCCCUUCACUGACUGGGGUGACAGAAGAACAAGAGAAAGCAAUGCAUUUUCACAGAACACGAAUGGGCCAGCUCAAGACUGUUAGGAGCCAGGAGCUGACUCAUCCUUUGGAAUACAAUAGAGACCAAAUUCACCCACUGCAGAAAGAAAAAAUUGCCCAUAGCAAGUUCAAAGGAACAUCUAGAGUCACUGGAGAAAAUGUGAAAUCACAAGAGAUACAAAUAUUAAAAGAGCAGAUUGCGGGACUGCAGGAGGAGUUCAAGAGAAAUGAGUCUUGCUGGCAUGCUGCCUACAGCAAGCUGAGAGACCAGGUUGAGAUGCUGACCAGGCAGAACAUGGAGCUUCGAGAUGAGCUCAGAGUUUCAGAACAUCAGAGAUGGAAAGCAGAAGAAAAACCAGAAGCUGUGAAUUUCGUGGACAGAAAAUCAGAGACCCCGGUUGCAGAAGCUAUUCUGCGAGAGACAACAUCUUCGUCCAAACAAGAAGAAAGAUCAUGGAGAGAUAAUCACAGGAGCCACAGCAUCUCUCAUGUGGGGCCAAAGACAUCUUUGCAGAAACACUUCUUCAGAGAUGCAAUAAAAAGUUCUAUGCAAAGGGAUGAUCCUUUGAGAUCGGUGACAAAGGAACAUCAAGAAAAGAAACCAUCAAAUUGCUCCUUUGGCAGAAGCACAACGCCGACUGGCAGGAGAACACCUCACCAGGGAAGACUGACACCUUUUGAAUCAGAAAAAGUUGUACAGCAACCUUCUCCUACUGGGAGAAGAACAGAUGAUAGGAAAUCACCUGGAGCUGUCUCACAUCUGAGUGGUUUUAAGGAGCCUAACUCAUCUUCCUAUGUAAAAGGCAGGUCUUUGCCCAUUUCAGAUAGCUCAGAAGACAUGCCCCUCUCACAUAAUCACAGCAACAACACCUACAGCUUUGCACUCUGCAGUAACAAUGAAGAAACAGAGGAGGAAGAGACUUUUAAUCUUAAAAAGACAGAAAAAUCACUAAAACCUCAGAAUAAAGUGGCUUUGGUGUCCACAUACAGGAGAAGUGGCGUAACUACAUAUGACAACAAAGUACCUACAGACAAUUCUUCUGCUUUUCUGGAUGCUGAGGCAAAGCCUCCAAAAUCAAUAUUAUCUAGAAGAUCAGUAUUACAUCAAGAAAGAAGAAAAAGUGAGGAAGAGGUGCAGGAAAAAAUAGAGUAUCGUAAUGGAAAGGUAGAAGUGGUGCUUACUGAUGGACGUCGAAUCAUCACUUUCCGCAAUGGUACUAAAAAAGAGAUCAGUGCUGAUAAAAGAAUGACUACGAUUAGCUUUUUCAAUGGAGAUGUAAAAAAGAUCAUGCCAGAUCAGAGAGUGAUUUAUUAUUAUGCUGAUGCACAGACAACCCACACUGCUUAUCCAGAUGGCCUGGAGGUGCUGCAGUUCCCUAAUAAUCAGAUAGAAAAAUAUUAUCCUGAUGGCACACAAGAAAUUUUGUUCCCAGACCACACAGUGAAAUGCCUCUAUAGUGAUGGAUUCAAGGAAACUUUUUUCCCAGAUGGUACAGUAGUAAAAGUAGAAAAGAACAGAGAUAAAAUAGUGGUAUUCAGUAACGGCCAAAAGGAGGUUCACACUGCGCAGUUCAAGAGGCGGGAGUACCCAGAUGGCACUGUAAAAACAGUGUACUGCAAUGGCAGACAAGAAACCAAGUACUCCACUGGCCGAGUUCGAAUCAAAGAUGAGGAGGGUAAUAUCAUCCUAGACAAGAAGUGAUUCCUCGCCUCAAAGGGCUGCACUGUACAUAAGUAGCUCAACCCAUUUUCCCGGCACUUCAGAACUGUUAGGAAGAUUUAAGCCUUGUGAAAAUGAAUGGAUGGAUGGAUCUGCAGGGCUGAAAUUUGGUUUGGUGACUGGUGCUCAGUUUGGAAUAACCUUACCCAAAUGACGUGUCUGUUGAGUGAGACUUGAAGGAAAUGCAGUCAUGCCCUCUUUGUGUAUGUAACGUCAAAAUAAGUGCCCAUAGUACUUCUCACCAAAGUGUUUGUUUCAUGAUAAUGAUCACACUUUCCCUUGUUUUUCUGCUAGUUAGUUACAAAAGUGACUACAAUUAAAGAGCGUAGCAUAAGAACCUCAAAUCUACAAAGCUUUUUGAAUUUCAGUUCAGUGCUGCCAUAUGCUGACUAAAACAAAUCUACAGGUUGGGGUUUUUUUCUCAGUUAACCAUCACAAAAAAUGUGAAAGUGAUCAAUGUUUUCAGUUUGGUUGGGUUCUUUGGAGCAGAAGAUCUCGGCAUGCAUCAGGCCUUAUCACGAGCUGAACAUUAGACCAAAACCUGAGUAGGAGUUCAGUGAACAGUCACACCUCUGGAUGUUUCUUCCAACGUAAAUUAUUCAGUAAUUAUAUGAUCAUAAUCUAAGAACAAUCUCAUGCAUUCAAAGACACAACGUAGUGUUUAUUCCAUCCUGGUCGUUAUUCCAGAUGCAACAGCCUUUUCUUCUUCCUCCAGCUGUCUUUCCUCAGACCUCC